AUGAUCGCGGGGGUGUGCGUGUACCCCGCCGCGUGGGGGGAGCCGGCCGUGCAGGAGACCUGCGGGCCUACGGCUGACCAGUACAAUAUAGGUCGCUGCCACAUCCGCUGGGCGUACCUCCUCGCCGUGAUUGGCUGUCUGGACGGCAUAGUGCUAGCUGCCCUCGCCUUCAUACUCGCUACGCGCCAUGUGAGGCUCCAACCUGACAGCCAUUAUCCACCGCCAUCUCUCUAUAAAGGUGAAGUGAACAACGCCUACGUAACGGACGCGGCGUCCGUGGCCUCCCGCAAGUCGCUUGCCCUCCAGCCCGUGCUACUCGUCCCACACGCCCGAGCGAGGGACCUGGACAGCUACUCGCAUUAUUCUCAACGCUCCAAGCAUGGAUAUGCCAACACCAUGCACAACUACCAGCUGUAAAACAACGCCUACGUAACGGACGCGGCGUCAGUGGCCUCCCGCAAGUCGCUCGCCCUCCAGCCCGUGCUACUCGUCCCACACGCCCGAGCGAGGGACCUGGACAGCUACUCGCAUUACUCUCAACGCUCCAAGCAUGGAUAUACCAACACCAUGCACAACUACCAGCUGUAAAACAACGCCUACGUAACGGAC